AUGGCAGGACGCCUCUACUUGCAGCCUCACCUGGCUCCAACCAUCCAGAAGCUGGAGCGUUAUGAGUUCGCUAAGAUUUGGGCCAGCGCAUCGUCUCACCUCAGCCUGCAGCUGGCUCUCCACCAGGCUGUCCGCAUUCCCGGAAUCGGGACUUUUGCGGUUGUCACAAAGCGAGUAGCCCUCAGUGAGCAGGAUCUGGUGAUGGUGGAGAGACCCGUGUUUCAACUUGAACAGGCUGUUGCGCAGGACCAUGAGCUCCACUGCGGCUGCAUAGACAUUCCUGGCCGUCAAGAUGUUGAGCAACUGCCGUUUGCUCAGAUAGCCUCAGAGAACGCUGUCUCUGAGGGCACCGUGCAGCUUUACAUGAAAAGGACCACGCACCUUUUCCAUGCCUGCCUAGAGAACAGGGAGAACGUUGCCAUCAUCUGGAGGGACGUGGGCAUGCUGGUCGUCCAGGGAAAAGACAUAAAAAUGAGAUUUUACUUAGACUUUCUGGAAAGGCUGAAUGGCAGUGGCAAGAUGCUGCAAGCUCUUCUCGAGAUGCCGGAGAUGAGGGACUCGGUCAUCUCGCGCCAUGACACCGCUGCUUCCCAGACCUCUUCUGGACGGGUUAUGGUCCUGCCGUGGUACCAACUUGAGACCGUGCCUAAAAUGCCAGUGCUGAUAGACCUGCCGGGACGUGUGCCGAGAAGAGGUGAUGGCAGUGGAAAGAAAGAGGAUGUUGCCGAGAAGCGCCUCCUUCGUCGAGCAAGGCUUUCUCCAAAUCGGUUACCUGCACUGCCUGUGAAGCCGGAGCAGGGUCAGAAAGCUGAGGGGAGUGAGCCUCGCGCCAGGCAGCUACCAGCUGUCCAGAGGAGCUGCUUGAAGGAAAAGGAGGAGAAAGGAAAGCUGCCGCCUCUGGUCGGACCCGGAACAGUGGACUUCAUUGCCAGAGCCAUGGAGAGGAGAGAAAAGAGAGAAAAGAAGAAACGGGAGAAGAAGAAGAAGAAGAAAGAGGAGCAGCUUCCACCAUAUAUCCGGAAAUUCCUGGAAGAAGAGGAAAAGAAGAAAAAAGAGGCGGCGGCAGCGGAAAAAAGGAAACAGCGCUCAGGCGGAGCAAUGAAAGCAAAGGCCGAGGCAGAAAAGGAGACACCCAGUGUGACAGGAAAGGGAGAACAACCAAAGGAGAUGCAGAGGAUCCAGGAAUCCAGCUCCUCCGAGUGCUCCUCAGACAGCUCCCCGAGCAGCGUGGAGUCAGACGAGUCCAGCUGUGACGAGCUGGAGAUCAGGACGAUUAUGGAGAACUGGGAAGAUGCCGGAGAAGAGCCCCCCACAGUCCCUGAGGACAACAGCGUCCCCCCUAAGCGGAGCCUUUCCCCACGGACAGACCGGGCCCUGCGGGAGGUGGUGACCUGCAUCCUGGGGCAGGUGGCCCGCAAGAGAAGAGGGGAGAGGGAUGAGCAGCUGGAUCUGCAGGACAAGCUCCAGUGCGAGCUGGCAGUGCUGCGGUGGGAACGGUCGGGGAAAGAGGCAGGCAGCAGCCAACGCCUGCGGGAAGCUGCACCCCAGGCUGCACCCCCUGCCAGGCCAGGGGAGAGGAGGGCAGGACCGGCGCAGCCCCGCGAGUGCACGGAGGAGGGAAGACGCAAGCUCUGGGACUCCUUACGCAGCAAGAUAGAGCAGAAGCGCAGCAGCGGCACCGCCAAAGGCCUGGAAAAAAGAGCCAGAGCUACGGGAGGCCCAGGUACCGCAGGCAGUGAAAAGCACCUGGGAAAAGAGCGUUCCCAGUGGAGUCUUUGCCUUUUGGAGUGCCCGCCUCUGAAAAAGUGAGCGUGGGCAGCUUCAGGCCAGAGCUGGGCAAAGAGGGUGUUUUCCUGACAGCCCUGGGGGCACGGAGAGCAGCAGGGCGGGACUGCAUCCCGGGGAUCUGGACCUGCUCUCUCCAGACAGAAGCAGAUCCCACGCCAUGUGUGCUGGCCAGACUUGUUGCUCUGCACCUCUGUGCAUACAAGACUACCGAGCUUUGUAUUCAACUCCGCAGCUCUGGAGAGCACAUCUGCUCCACGUCGGCUGGUGCCAGGAGACCGUCUCGGGCGCUGAGGCUCCCGAGAGAGGCGUCCAGCAAGAGCCUCCUGCGGCGUGACGAGCGCCAGCGCCGGCCAGCCAGGCUGCUAACACCAGCUCUUGCCCCUGAUCAGUAAAGCCCCACCUGCAAACCGCUGGGUCUGACACUGUGGGUGUUUGCUUGGUGGCUGUGGAAGCUGCGCUGGGCAGUGGGUGAGCGCUGCUGGGGCAGGGAAAGGCCUGCAGGGAAGAGGGCUGGAGCUUCAGCCCUGCUCCAAGGGCAGCCCUCCCCAAGGCUCUGCUGGACCGGCUCGGCUGCGGCCCCGCUCUUGGUGCCCCU